CUUACGCGUCGACUACUCGGAUUCCCCAUAUGUUUUUAUACUUCUCGCAGCUUUGCUCAAACCCUCUCAUUCAAUUUCACUACUACCUACAUUCUACUCAUUUCACCAUGCAAAGCUCAUGCAAAUCAUACGUCUACUUCUUCUCAGUUUUCGUUUUCCUGAAUUGUCUAACAAGCGUAACCGGUAAGGCUAAGCCCUCCUCUCCUCAUUCCGGCAUCGAUAAUGUCGUGCUUAGCUGCGGUUCCUCUGCUAUCUCAACUGACCCUGAUGGCAAGGAAUGGACCGGAGAUAUUGGCUCAAAAUUCAUUUCCUCACAACCUAAUUAUGAAACCUCAGCAGUCUCAAAUUCCACUUCCCAAUCCAAAUCCGUCAAUCGUGUCCCUUACACUACGGCUCGGAUCUUUCUUUCUCAAUUCACCUACUCGUUUCGUGUUAGUCCGGGCCGAAAAUUCAUACGUUUCUUCUUCAACCCAGCCAAAUACCAAGGUUUUGACAGGUUUAAAGCGUAUUUCACUGUUACUGCUGGACCUUUCACUCUCCUUAGCAACUUUAAUGCUUCCCUUACUGCUCAUUCUGUGGAAGCAGAGUUUUUUGUCAAAAAUUUCUGCGUAAACGUAGAAGAGGGUCAGAGAGUACUGAACAUAACCUUCAUUCCCUCUACAAACACUUCCGUUAAUGGUGCGUAUGCGUUUAUAAAUGGGAUUGAGAUCGUCUCGAUGCCCACCAGCCUCGAUUACAGUUGUAUUGGAGAUAAAGGUGUACCACUUUCCGGUCGAAAAUCUCGGUUCCUUAUCGAAAACAGCAGUACCGCUCCAUCACAAUCCGACCCAAAACACGACAAGCACUCAAAACACACAAAAUUACUCCCGUUCCUUGUCAUUUUCGGGGCGUCCCUGUGUGUCGUAAUCGUUUUUUUUCUCUUGGGCAUAGCAAUUUUCUGGCAGAGGAAGAGAGCAGAGUCCCAGAAGAACCAAACAUCAGUAGAUGAUCUUGAAGGAUUGUGCCGUCGCUUCAGUCUGGAAGAGAUUCGUACGGCCACAAAGAACUUUGACAGGAAUCUUAUCGUUGGAAGAGGCGGCUGUGGUUACGUGUUCAAAGGUUACAUCGGUGGUGAACUCACCCCGGUAGCCAUCAAGAUCUUCGGGCCAACCUCGAGACAAGGGUUCCACGAGUUUCGAACGGAGAUCGAAAUGCUAUCAAAGCUCCGGCACCCCCACCUGGUCCCUUUGAUCGGGUACUGCAACGACGAGCGCCACAUGAUCAUUGUGUAUGACCUCAUGGCCCGCGGAACGCUUCGCGAUCAUCUUUACAACACGGAUAAUCCUCCGUUGUCGUGGAAGCAGAGGCUGGAGAUUUGUAUUGGAGCCGCUCGAGGACUAUUAUACCUUCAUGAAGGUGCGGAACACCCUAUCAUACACCGAGACGUCAAUACCAGCAACAUUCUGCUGGACAAGGAUUGGGUUGCCAAGGUUUCGGACUUUGGGCUGUCUAAACUGGGCCCUAAAAGCCUGUCAGAGAGCCACGUCACCACGGAUGUGAAGGGCACGUUCGGGUAUUUGGACCCGGAGUAUUUCUGGACCUCUAAACUAACAGUGAAAUCCGAUGUGUUUGGGUUUGGGGUGGUGUUGUUUGAGGUGUUGUGCGCUAGACCUGCGGUGGAUAUGGGUCUGGAUGAUGAGCGACAGAGUUUGACCCUGUGGGCGCAGCAGUGUUUUAAAGAUCGUACACUUGAUCAGAUCAUUGAUAGCCGUCUGAUUGGUCUAAUUGCGCCGGCGUGCUUGAAGGUGUAUGCAAAGAUUGCGUAUAAAUGUUUGUAUGAGGAUAGAGAUCGACGGCCCAAAAUGGCUGAAGUGCUGAAGGCCCUUGAGUUUGCAAUGAAGUUGCAGGAGAUUGCUGAUGCUGGGGCUCAUAGCGUGGUGAUUGACGAGGAAGUUCCAUUAUGUGGGGGAGGAAAUCUGGUGGUGUCAAGCCCAGCGGACAAUGGUGAUCUCGUGCAUUCGUGUCCAACAUUUUGGAAGAGAAGUCUAUCCCGUAAGGAACUUCUAAGACAUUUCAGUGAGAAGGCAGUUAAAUGGGUUAAAUCACCAAAGCCCAGUUGUCUAAAGGCAUAUUGUUGUGGGGCUGCCGAGUACAAUGGCGCGCCACGUGUCCAAGUGCAAAUGCCUGAUUUAAGUUGCUGCGGACCAUAUACGACACCGGAGAAGAUAUUAUUUGAGAUUACGAACAUUGGAGGACAAUAAUUGUACAUUAGAAAAUGCUACUUGCUGGGUAGGUACUGGAGCAGCUUAAAUGCCCUGUCUGCGCAAUAAUGUGAGCACUUUUGUCUUUGUCUUUUGGCUGACGUAGA